GUUAUUUGCAUUUUAGGUGACUAACAUUGACUAAAACAAUGUUUAAAAUUAUUUUCUCAUAGAAUGGCUAUCAGUCUAGGAAGCGAUGCAGGUUUUUCCGGUCAGAAAUCAACAUUUUCAGAGGGUCCUCGAACAAAGAAAUCUCCACUAACCGAAGAGGAGAUAUUUUAUAUGAAUUGUAGAGCUGCCUACUUAACUGUCUUCAAAAGCAGUUUAGAAAACAUUUUUUCUAAGGAUCAACUUUACUUAGCUCUUCAGCAUGCAGGAAGAAGUCCAUCCCAAAAGAUGCUUAGUAAAUACUGGACUCCACAAACUACCAAACUGAAUUUCGAUGAUUUUUGUAUGAUUUUAAGGAAUGAAAAACCUACUUCAAAAGCAGAACUGUUAAAAUCAUUUAAGCAAUUAGAUGUAAAUGAUGAAGGCUCUAUAUCACACACUGACCUUUAUAAAUUUCUAACAAAGAGAGGUGAGAAGAUGACUAGAGAAGAAGUAAACGCCGUAAUAAAUUUGGCUGAUGUAAAUGCUGAUGGCAAAUUUGACUACAUCAAGUUUUGUAAAUUAUAUAUGACGACCAAUGAGCAGUGUCUCAAGACUACACUAGAAAAACUGGAGAUUGACAAUAAACUGAGGCGUCAGCAGUUUGGAAGCCACAUGGAAGGGUACCCUGAAAGAGACCCAUCACCAGUGCCAAAGCCAUCACCUAGACUCAUAAGAAAAGGUGAUGAGGAGACAUUCUCAAGUAAAGGUGACACCAGGAAUUCUUUACUGUCAACAACCAGAAAGUUCAAAACAUCUGUUUCCUUCACAAUUACCAUGAGUGCUAACAGUAACCGAAACGCAAAGUUAACGGAGCCAAACUUAAUAAAGGACUGGCAGUCGGUACAGUCGAAAGGUUGCUUCUUCUUAGAGGAAGAUGGUGAAAUUAUUAGUCAUCAAUACAGGAUGCAAAUAGCUCAGAGGUCCAUGGUUUAUCUCACAAUUAAGCCGUUAAAACUGAGUCAAGUUGAAGGAAAACCAUCCCUGUGGUUAUCAGUUGAUACAGCCUUGUAUAUUCUUAAGGAAAACGAGAGUCAAACAAAUCUACAGCUCGUGUGUUUUACUGAACUACGAAAUAGAGAAGUAUUUGGAUGGACUGGUGAACUAGGACCUGGAAUUUACUGGUUAAUUCCUUCCACAACUGGCUGUAGGCUGAGGAAAGAAGUAAAACCAGUGACAGAAGAAGCCCAACUUGUGGGUAGAGAUGAAACAGGGGAAUUAUUUCUUACAAAGGAAUUUAGGUCUACUUUAUCAGAUAUAUUUGAAGUGAUUGAUUUAGAUGGAAAUGGUUUUCUUAGCCUUGAAGAAUAUAAUUUUUUUGAAUUGAGAACGAGUGGUGAGAAAUGUCAUGAAGAUGCGUGGGCUAUCUGCAGAGAGAAUUUUGACACUAAGAAAAAUGAACUAACAAGACAAGGAUUCAUGGAGUUGAAUUUAAUGGAAGCCAACGAUAGAGAAGGGGACCCCCGUGAUCUCUGGGUGACUCUGCACUCGAUGGGCUACAAUAAAGCCCUGCAGUUGACAGAGGCAUGUCCAUUUGUCAUCAAUAUCUAUGCAGAAAAAUGCAAGCCAAGAAUUAAACCUGUUCACAUGGAGCCCUGCAGUGGGCAGCUUGAGAAGGCCAUUUGUAAAUCAGUUCUUAACAAAGGUGACGCCAAAUUAAUGGAUGGCCAUGAAAAUAUAAUUGUACAUACUUAUAAUUGUGAAACCUGGAUAACUUCAGUUAUUGAAAACAAGUCAGAUGAUAAAGUGAUUAUUCACAUCGACAACGAAUUAAGUAGAAACUGUGUGAACAACAGAGGCCUCGACGUGUUUGCAGUAGAAGUGGCACCAAAAUCUACGAUGGUUUGUCAACAUGUAAUGCCUCUGAAUGAACGACAAGAAUGGACACAUUAUUGUGUAUAUUCCCUUAUUUCUUAAAUAAUCCUGCCUGGAACUAUCAAACUAAGAAUUAUUUCAGAUUUAGUCUGUUAUUCUUUAAUCAACUAAUAUUACUUAAUUUAACUGAUGUACCUACAUAAUAAUCUAUUUAAUUUAUAUGCAUUUACAUUUAUGUCCAUGUUGUAUACUUUAUUAUUAAAAUAUAAAUAAUGUUUU